CUCUCACUCAUCUCUUACCUUCUAAAGCACGCUUUCAAAGCAUUCCGUAAAGUUUUUUCCACACCUCAACCAUCUAUAUAUAUACCCAACUAAACGCAGUUUCUCACACCUCACGUUGUGUAAUUUUAUUUUCUCUCUCAAACUUUCUCACCUUCUAAACACUACCCUCCAUUUUACCACCGCCACCGCCAACCAUGGCCACCGACCUCCACCUCCAACACGAGCUCCCCAAGCUCCGAAUCUCAGCCACCGUCGACGACAACGACACCAUCUCCUCCUCCGAUUCCUCAUCGCCAUCCACCCCUAUCGCCGCCACAGCAAGCGUCCCGGACAGCGAAAUUGACGACGAUGCCGCCGUCGGUGGCACCAUCCAAGGCGCAGAACAGAGCUACCGGACGCCGACGUCGAAGGAGAGCAAGAUUCCGGCGAUCCUGAAUUGCCCGCCGGCGCCGAAGAAGCCGAAGACGUUUGUCUCCUGUAAGAGGAAGCUCAAUGAUGCUUUCCAAUUCUUCGAGGUGAAGAAUAAAGAAGACAUGGAUGCGUUCUUCAGAUCCACUUUUCCAAAGAGAACCUGCCCCUGUACAUGAAAACAAGAAAAUUUUCUUCAUCAUCAAUCUAUCAAUCAUCAUCAUCAUCCUUAAUUUCCACGAACACCACCGUACUUUCUCGGGCCCUGUGAAACCAAACAACAACGUAAAUUACACAAUUUUUGUUUUUUGUUUUUUGUUUUUUUGUUUUUUUUAAUUUCAAUUUCACUUGCUUGAUCAUCAAUUCCUUUCUUCUUUUCUUUUUUGGUUUAUGUUAUAUGUGAUUAUUAUAUAUAUAUAUAUAUUUCACUUUGUAUAAGAUGUGAAAUAUUGGAUCCGAAUCUCAAUUAUAUUAAUCGAAUCAACAUACCGUUGAAUUGAGCUGAA